CGUGCUCGAGAGAACCUGAGAAACUUACCGGAGAUGGGGAUCUCGUUCAAGGUAGCAAAGACUGGUACUCGGUUUCGCCCCAAACCUUUUCAAUCCGAGGAUUUUCUGGACGACGGGAGCGAGAAUCCGAAGGAGAAUUCUCGGACUCUUGUCGGACAUGAAUCGAAUUCGGCUACUAGUCGGAAACCAGAGGCUGACAACAUUGAAGUGGAUGAGGAAGCUGCUGGUAUAACUGGUUCAUCCUUGAGUCCUGGAGGAGACCAAAGUUCAUCAGGGGAAGAAGUAUCCUUCACAUUGAAUCUCUACCCAGUUGGAUAUUCUUUAGCAAAAUCUUCAGAUAAGGGCACAAUACGUCUAGCUUCGCUUCAAGAUGUUCCCAAGUUGUUGCAUCCAUAUGAUAGGACAUCUGAGGCUCUUUUCUCUGCAAUUGAGUCAGGUCGAUUGCCCGGUGAUAUUCUAGAUGACAUACUGAGCAAGUAUUUUGACGGGACACUUGUUUGUGAGGUACGGGACUAUCGGAACUGUGCAUCUAAACCAGGAGAUAAUGUUUCUUCUGUUGAUGGAUCUCCUAUUGUUAAUAAAGUACGGCUUAGGAUGUCUUUAGAGAAUGUUGUGAAGGAUAUUCCCUUAAUCUCAGAUGAUUCUUGGACGUAUGGUGAUUUAAUGGAGGUAGAAUCUCGGAUAUUGAAAGCUCUGCAACCAAAACUUUGUCUAGAUCCUACCCCAAUGUUAGAUAGACUAUGUGCCAACCCAAUUUCAACUACGCUUAAAUUUGGUUUGUCCGGUGCGCGAAAGAGGGGAUUGAGGCAGAUUCCAGAUGUGACAGCCCUGUCAAAUAAUCAAAGCCAUGGGAAGAAAGUCUGCAUUGCUAGGGUGCCUGAAAGCUCAAAUUUCAGGUCUGGUGACUCUGGAACCAUGACAAAUGAUGCAAACUCACAGCAAAUCAAUGAGAAUAUCACCGUCCAAAAUAGUGCGUCAAGCAGUGCAUUAGCCUUCAGACCUAAAAGCAUUGGACCUGAGGCUUCUGCACUAGCAUCAUCUUUGCUAUCCCAUCAGCCCAAAUAUCAAUUGGGGACUGGCCACCCUAGAACUAUGCAAGAUUUUGGGGCAGGGACCAUUGUGAGUUCUUCAGGUGCAUCACCUGGUGGGCACGAUUUGAUGAUCGGAUAUGCUGAUUCGAUAAACUCUGGUGCCUCAUCUUUUCACAGAAAGAGGGAAAACGAAAAUACCCAACUGACACCCUUUUCCAAUAUCACUAAAAGAGCUAGGCAAACUCCAGUUGUUCCUGAUGGGAUUCAGCAGCAGCAAUUGGGUCAACAGUUCGAUAGUCACCAUGGAACAGAUAUACACCGGAAGAGUACAAUGUUGCAGCAACAGUCAGAGGCUGGAGUUAUCCAGUAUGCCAGUAUGGGGGCUCAAAAAUAUCCUCCUCAGAUGUUUGAUGGAGUUUCAAAUCAGGAGGCCAUGGUAUCUUCAUUCUAUAUGGAGCAGCAGGGAAUGAGAUUUGGUGUCAAAGAAGAGCGGAUUGAGACAGAUAAAUUGGACAAGCCGGAUUUUGAUAGGAAUAAAAAUGACUCACACAAGUUAGAAACUGAGGCAAACCAACUGGAUGCACAGCAGUUGCGACUUCCACAAAAGCUUCCACAGAAUCCCUUUAUGAGGUCCCACUUCCCUCAGAGUCAGUGGCAUAAUAUGCUUGUUGAGAAAGAUCCAAGAACGGAAGACCAACGUCAGAAAAGGAAAACAGUACAAAGUCCUAGAGUUUCUACAGGAGCUCUUGUUCAAUCUCCAGCAUCUUCCAAAUCUGGGGAAUUUUCAAGUGGUUCCUUAGGACCCCAAUUUGGUGCAGUUGCCACAACUGCUGCUUUUAAAUCACUAACGAAGGAGAAAACAACUGCCCUUUCAGGUGCCACAGUUGGAGGAGGUCCGUCUGCUACGUCAAGUCCAAAUGAGUCCAUGCAACAGCAACACCAGGCACAAAUGCCUGUGAAGCGAAGAUCAAAUUCCCUUCCCAAAGCACCAGCCAUGAGUGGGGUUGGGUCUCCUGCUAGUGUGAGUAAUAUUAGUUUCCCAUUGAAUGAAAAAAGUCCUUCAGUCGGAACCCGACCUUCAGCUGUUCAAGUUAUGCUUGAGAGGUUCUCAAAGAUUGAAACUGUGACUAUGAGGCAUCAACUCGGCUGCAAAAAGAAUAAGGUGGAUGACCACCCCAUCGUAAGGAAACCCAUGACAUAUUCAACUCAACAGCUCUCAUUUUGUCUCUCUAAUGUAAAUAAUGAGGAUCUCAAGGAUGCAGCAUGUGUGAGACCAUUGGCAAAGUCACUUAUAGGUGGGAGCAUGAAUAUCUGCAAAACACGAGUUCUAACUUUCUUACAGACAGAGCGUAGAGUCCAAGGUAAUCUUGAUCCUAUUGUUCCUAAUGCACGGAGUAGAUUAAUCAUGUCAGAGAAGCCAAAUGGCGGUACAGUAGCAAUGUAUUAUGGGGAUAUAGAUGAUGGUGAUCUUCUGGCUGCUGAGGAUUAUCUGCCUACCUUGCCCAAUACUAAUUUUGCAGACUUGCUUGCUUUGCAAUUUUGUUCACUGAUGGUUCGUGAUGGGUAUCAACUUGCUGAAGAUCAACUCCGACCAAAACCAACUUGUGUUGUUGCCCCCUAUUGUCAAUCUAGUGGAACUCCUGAUGGUGCAGCUGCUGUGAUGCAGCAAUAUCCAGAACAAGUUUCAGGUCAGCCAUCCAAUGCAGUGCCUACACCAGCUAAUAGUGGGACUGGUUCUUUGAACUCUUGUCAGAAUCUUGUAACCGGUGCACGGAUUCUCCCACCUGGAAACACUCAGGCCUUACAGAAUUCUCAAGGAUUCUUGCCAGGGGUUGCAGUUUCUGCCAGGCCACAGCAGUUGGAUCCACAACACUCGCUUCAACAGCAGCAGAAUCAGCACUCCCUCAUGCAACAACAGCAUGCCCAGAUCCAGAGAUCACCUUUGAUGCUUCCAACAAGCCCACUUUCUCACCUAAAUGCAUUUGGGCAGAACUCUAACAUGCAGAUGGCUGGCCAGUUGGUUAACAAGUCCUCCCAUUUCCCACUUCUGCUGCAACAACAACAAUUGCAACAACAGCAGUCACAGCCACAGCAGCAGCAGAGGAAAAUGAUUAUGGGACUGGGAACAGCUAUGGGUAUGGGGAACAUGGGGAAUAAUAACAUGGUUAGCGGAGGCCUAGCCAGUGUCAUGGGCAUCGGUGGUGUUAGGGGAAUAGGUGGUGCUGCAAUUUCAUCUCCGAUGGGAUCCAUGUCUGGCAUGGGUAACAUGGGUCAAAGUACAAUGAAUCUGACCCAGGUUUCCAAUAUCAGCAAUGCUAUAAACCAGCAACUCCGUUCUGGUACACUGUCUCAUGUACAAGCUGCUGCCAUGGCAUCAAAGCUUAGAAUGGUGCAGAGCCGAGCAGGCAUGUUGGGAGGACCUCAGACAGGCAUUGGCGGGAUUCCAGGAACUGGGCAAAUGCAACCUGGCUCUGCUGAUCUUUCGAUGCUAGGACAGACACUCAACCGCACCAACAUUAACCCUUUGCAACGUACAGCAAUGGCAUCGAUGGGUCCACCUAAGAUGACUCCUGGUACAAAUUUCUAUGUGAACCAGCAGCAGCAGCAGCAGCAAUUACAGUUACAACAGUUACAAAUACGUCAGUUACAGCAGCAUCAACAACAGAUGCAGCAACAGCAGCAAAUUAGCUCUCCACUUCAAGCAGUUGCUUCACCUCCACAGGUGGGUUCUCCAGUAGCCAUGGCAAUUCAGCAACAAAUGAGCCAAUCACCACAACCGCAGAUGAGCCCGCAACAAAUGAACCAACAAAUUCCAAUGAGCCCACAACAGUUGAGCUCAGGGGCACUGCAGCCAAUGGGUACUGGCAAUGCAGGUGCUGGUCCGGCCAGCCCACAGUUGAGCUCACAGACCCUUGGUUCGAUUGGUAGCAUCACUAGCUCUCCUAUGGAGCUGCAAGGUGUGAACAAGAGCAAUUCUGUUGGUAACGUAUAGACCAUACAAAAGAUGAGGCAAAACGUCUUGCAGCUUGGUUCUAUUACUCUAUGAAGGCCUCUACACUGGGAACUUUCAAUGGUUGAGCAGAGAUACAAAAGGCAGUAGACAUUUUUGUGGGACUAUCCCCUGC